AUGUGGAAGCUCAAGAUUGCUGAAGGCCAUGGCCCUUAUUUAUACAGCACGAAUAAUUUCGUGGGUCGACAAAUUUGGGAGUACGAGCCGAACGAGGGAACUCCAGACGAGCGCGAAGCUUUUCGAAAAGCCUGCAAACAAUUUGAUGAGAAUAGGAAGAAGGGAUUUCAUUCUUGUGGUGACCUCUUCAUGAGAAUGCAGGUUCUUGGAGUGUAUGAUUGGGAUGGGUGCAACCCACUUCCCCCAGAGUUUUGGUUGUUCCCUUCGUUUUUCCCGUAUCAUCCAGCAAAAAUGUGGUGCUACUGUCGCACGACUUACAUGCCUAUGUCAUACCUCUACGGUCGAAAGUACCACGGACCAAUCACGGACCUUGUUUUAUCCCUCAGGGACGAAAUUCACGUCAAGCCCUAUGAUCUGAUAGAUUGGAACAAGGCACGUCACGAUUGUUGUAAGGAUGAUCUUUACUACCCGCAUACAUUCGUACAAGAUUUGCUAUGGGACAGCCUUAAUUAUUUCACUGAACCGGUAAUGAGACGUUGGCCGUUGAACAAGAUAAGGCAAAAGGCUAUGGAUAAGGCGAUCAAGUACAUGCGCUAUGGGGCUGAAGAGAGCAGGUAUAUUACCAUUGGGUGUGUCGAAAAGAGUCUGCAGAUGAUGUGCUGGUGGGCACACAAUCCAAACGGGACGGAGUUUAAACAUCACUUAGCCAGGGUGCCCGAUUAUCUCUGGCUCGCAGAGGAUGGAAUGAAAAUGCAGAGUUUUGGAAGUCAACUAUGGGACAGUACUCUUGCAACUCAAGCAGUUAUUUCGACCGGAAUGGUUGAGGAAUACGGGGACUGUCUUAAAAAGGCGCAUUUCUUUAUAAAAGAAUCUCAGAUAAAGGAAAAUCCUAUAGGUGACUACAAAGGUAUGUAUCGUCAUUUCACUAAAGGUGCGUGGACUUUCUCUGAUCAAGAUCAAGGUUGGGUCGUGUCCGAUUGCACAGCUGAAGCACUUAAGUGCCUGCUAUUGCUGUCUCAAAUGCCAGCUGAAAUCUCGGGAGAAAAGCCUGAUGUUGAGCGCUUGUACGAGGCUGUCAAUGUGCUGCUUUAUUUGCAGAGUCCUCUCAGUGGUGGAUUUGCCAUCUGGGAACCUCCGAUACCACAACCGUAUUUGCAG